AUGGUGUAUAAUUACCAAGCAAUGCCAGACAGGACGCACGAUAGCGGUGUGCUCUCUACUCCUUCGAACCCCCACGGGAUUCCGCGUAACCGGUUUUGCCGACAAGGCGAGUUAGACCCGAGUUCGAACGUGGAGAAAUUGUGGGUGUCGUUGAGCCUUAGUCUGUCUGAUUGGCGCUAUUUGUGCCAACAUGGUAAUGAUCACAGAGUAAAGCGACUAUGUUUACAGUUUAAUCCCUGGCUUAUGAUGAGCUUGUUUACUAAACGUAUGGUCGCUCUCUAG